AUGACAAACAAUGAGUUUGAAACAGUUAAAAAGAUAGACAAUGACACCAAAUUGGUUAGAAUAGGUGAUUUAAACGUAAGAUACUCAAAGAAAUACAACAAAUAUUCUUUGUCAGACAUUAUAUCUCCAUUUGGAAAGAAAACAAAGGACUGGGUUAGAAUUGCUUCUAGUCAGAAAAUUUUGACAAGAAAUCCUGAGCUUAUGAUAUCGGUAAGAUUCUAUGGAACUGCAGCAUAUCUCAUUGACAAAAGUCUUAUACCAAUAGUUUUGUUAUGGUUAGACCCAGUUGUUGGAUAUAACUUCAUAACAUAUGGUUCAUUCGAUACGGAACGUUGCAGUGAAGGCUUACUUUACAUCGUUCAGAAACCGAAGGACUUCAAUACAAAGAGAUAUAAGAUAGGAAGAACAUAUAAUAUAACUCAAAGAUAUGACAGUACAGUCAAUAGAGUCAAGGUUGU